GGUCACUGGCUGAAGACGCCGCGCGCGGCGAACGCCCUCAGGGCGUGUUGGGCCGUUUCCGGUGUGGGGUUGGACUCAGGAAGGAUGCAGACUGUUUCACAUAGUCUGAAUUUGGAGAAAGACCAGGCUCACUCUCCGGGGACCAGGCUGUGGGUGGAGGCCAGAACAAGCCUGUCCUCAUGAGUGUUGUCUGGUUGGGACAGGAGGCCCCCCAGGAAGUAUGGCACUCUGGCGGGCAUACCAACGGGCCCUGGCUGCUCACCCGUGGAAAGUACAGGUCCUGACGGCUGGGUCCCUGAUGGGCCUGGGUGACAUUAUCUCACAGCAGCUGGUGGAGAGGAGGGGUCUGCAGGAACACCGAAUGGGCCGGACCCUGACCAUGGUAUCCCUGGGCUGUGGCUUUGUGGGCCCUGUACUAGGAGGCUGGUAUAGAGUUUUGGACCGGUUCAUUCCUGGCACCACCAAGAUGGAUGCACUGAAAAAGAUGUUGUUGGAUCAGGGGGGCUUCGCACCAUGUUUUCUAGGCUGCUUCCUCCCACUGGUAGGGACACUCAAUGGACUUUCAGCCGAGGACAAUUGGGCCAAACUACAGCAGGAUUAUCCUGAUGCCCUCAUCACCAACUACUAUGUUGGCUGUUGUCCAGUGUGUUGCUGUUAUCUGGAACGCCUACCUGUCCUGGAAGGCACAUCAUCUGUAAACCUGCCUCACUCCACUGUUUCCACCUUGCAGUGGUGCAGCGUGACCUUGGAAUGGUCAGACAACCUACUCAGAGUGGACACAUCAGCUUCCAUGGGGCUGCAUUGUCGAUCAGAACUUAAUGGGAUUCUCGCUUUGAAAUGCGCCAUUUCACUACUCUGAAAUGUGAAAUGACCACUUUUGAAACUACUAAAGCCUUUAUUUUAUUAUUUUUUUUUUUUAAAGAUGACUGGUAAGGGGAUCUUAACCCUUGACUUGGUGUUGUCAGGGAUUCCUAUGUCACGCUCAGCCAGUGAGCGAACCGGCCAUCCGUAUAUGGGAUCCGAACCCGGGGCCUUGGUGUUAUCAGCACCGCACUCUCCCGAGUGAGGCACGGGCCGGCCCCCUACUAAAGCCUUUAUAAUGGUAUUAUUCCCAUCACAUACUAGGCAUUCCAUAAAUAUUUGUUGAACCAUAUGACCUUGUCAACUUUACACCCACACCCCAGCAAAUAAAUGCCACUUCCCCACUCUUUA